CCUCCCUCAGGCUCACCCAUCCUCCACCCACCACUACAAAGCUAUACUGCCCCGCCUCCUCUCUCUCUCUCUCUCUUUCUCUCUCAGCAAGAAGAAAAGAUUGAAAGAAAGCUCCUUUUUCUUUCUCCAAAUGAUCAUCACUGAUCAAGAGACCACUGUGAGAGAAAUCAAACCCAAAAGCAGAAGAAUCAUGGGCGGUGGAGGCCCAGCAGAUGGCGGUGAUGAUGCUGAUAAUAAAGAAGAUAUCAAGUGGCCGCCGUGGCUGCGUCCUCUUCUCCAAACAAGCUUCUUUGUCCAAUGCAAGCUUCAUGCUGAUGCUCACAAGAGUGAAAGCAAUAUGUAUUGCUUGGACUGCAUGAAUGGCGCCCUUUGUUCUGCCUGUCUCUCAUUUCACAAAGGCCAUAGAGCCAUUCAGAUAAGGAGGUCAUCAUACCAUGAUGUGAUCAGGGUUUCUGAGAUUCAAAAAUACUUGGACAUUACAGGAGUUCAGACCUACAUUAUCAACAGUGCUAGAAUUGUGUUCUUGAACGAGAGGCCUCAGCCUAGGCCUGGUAAAGGGGUUACCAAUACUUGUCAAGUCUGUGAUCGUAGCCUUCUUGAUUCUUUCUGUUUCUGUUCACUUGGUUGCAAGAUUGCUGGGACAUCAAACAGCUUCAAGAAAAAGAAAAUGCACAAGGAAAUGGAUGAAUCAUCAGAUGCAGAAGAAUCAAUGAAUGAUAGCAUUAGAAUUAUGAACAAGGGAAGUGACAAUAACAAAUGCAAAAUCCAAAGCUUUACACCUUCAACACCACCACCAACUUCCCUGAGUUACAGGACUACUGCCAAGAGGAGGAAGGGAGUCCCCCAUAGAUCUCCAACGGGAGGAUUCAUCAUAGAAUACUAGCCAUAUAUAGUCCUACCCUCCCUCUAUAUAGGAAGUAUAGAGGAUACUUAGACUGGAUUCCACUGUAAAAUUUCGGUGGAGUUUGCAUGAAGCUCAAUAUAUUUGGUCAAUAUACACUCAGAAUGACAUUGGUCACUCACAUCUGAGCCUUAGUGGGAGGAGGCCGGUGUUGCAGAGAGAUUUCAAACUCCAUCAUGUAAAUAAGUGAAAUAAUGAAGUACCCAAGAGAGGAAAGAGGAGGAUUUUAGAAAGGAAGAAAGAAAAUGCUAGAUUGAUAUGGGUGUUAGAUUUGAGGAGGAGUUUGGCAUGUAUCACGUGCUAAUUUAUAAAUUGUGAUGUCCGAUAUGUACACCUAUAGAAGUAUAUGGAAUUUGGCUUGUUGAGAAAAGAUGUAAUGUUGAAAAAUUAUAUGAAUGAAUGUGGGAAUAAUGUUUUAUGUUA